AUGUCUCACUGCCACGACGAGCACGAUCAUCAUCACCACCACGGCGGAGAUGAGCAUGACCACUCCGACGACAUCACGCCGGCGGUGCAGUUCUCGCUGUACCAGCACAUCAACUUUGACGAGGUGACGACGCUCAACGAGACCUCGCACGGCUCAGGCAGGGCCAUCGUGAAGAAGACCUGGGACGAGCGGCUCACGGACGAGCCUGAGCUUGCCAGCGAUGCGGAUGAGCAGCUGAUUAUCAACAUCCCAUUCACAGGGCAGAUCAAGCUCCACUCCAUCCUCCUCCGCACUUCCCAGUCCGACAGCGCCCCGCGCACCCUCCGCGUGUUCCAGAACCGCGACGACAUUGACUUUUCCGCGGCUGAGGAGCUGGAGCCCGCGCAGGAGUUCGAGCUGAGCCGGACGUCCGAGGUGCAGGAGCUGCCCGUGCGGCGGGCCAAGUUCGGCCGGUGCCAGCGGCUGACCCUAUUUUUCCAGGACAACUUUGGCAUGGGGGACGAGGACGUGACGCGCAUCGGGUAUCUGGGGUUUCGGGGCGAGUGGAUGCAGCUAGGGAGAGCGCCGGCGAAUAUCAUCUAUGAGGCGGCGGCGAACCCUGGGGAUCACAAGGUGAAGGGCACCGAUGUGAACCAGGUGGGUAGUGGGAUUGGGGGGCGUGGGCCGGGACAGUAG